AUGCGAGCCGAAAGUAUGGAGCACGGCGGAGCCCUUGAACCACCUCACUACGACGAUGAUGAAGAGAGUAAUGAACACUUUGAACGAGAUGUACUGGUCAUUACGAACCAAUUCCCAAACCAGCUGAACUUUUUCUGCAAUCCAAGAAAUGAACUGAUGCGUGACCGGAUUUGCUACGGCCAAGUGGAUGCGUACGCUUUGGCUUGUGCUGACGACACUCCGCCAUUGCACCUCGUACCUUUCUGCCUCGCUUUUAAGCGACAGUGUCAUUUGGUCAAUUAUCCGAAUGAUGAUUGGUGUGUACGUGAAUUCGAUCGAAUAUGA